UACGGGUGGUCCAAUACAUUUCUUUGCUUUGCGUUUUAUGCGGCACAGCUUCCCUGGGUUUUGGGUGCUUUUUUGUAUGAGUCCUUGGGUUCAAUUAGGGUUUUAGAUUUUUCUGCCAUUGCAAAGAACUGUAUCUUCUUCAAAUGGAUUCAUCAUCUCUCAAUUCUGUCGAAUUGGAACGAUUCCUCAAUCAAGAAAGGGAAAAAGCCAUGCUCAAUGAGAUGGUAGCAAAGCUUACAAGUGUGUGCUGGGACAAGUGUAUCACAAGUACUCCUGGGAGCAAAUUCAGCUCGAGUGAAUCAGCUUGCCUUUCUCAUUGUGCUCAACGAUACAUGGAUAUGACCCGUAUCAUUGUGAAACGUUUUCAGUCCAUGCAGUAAUGAGACCUUGCCUGCAGCCCUGGUUACAAGUUGUGACCUUUUCUUGUAUCCUUACAAUUAAUUAUUGACUGAAAAUCUGUUGCAUUUUUUUAACGGAUGCUCGUAUUUUCCUUUUAAAAUUCCUAUACAAGGACGGCUUUUGUGCUGUAUUAUUUCUGGUACAUUUUUGCCCAAUCUUAGGUCCAAUUUAUCU